AUGCCGGAAACCUCGAAAAUGAAUGGCUUUGCAAAAACAAAUGGCCACAGUUAUGAUAUGGAAGAUGGAUCAUUGUUUCUAUUUACUUCAGAAUCAGUGGGCGAGGGUCAUCCAGACAAGAUGUGUGAUCAAAUAAGUGAUGCAAUAUUGGAUGCUCAUUUAGCUCAAGACCCGGACGCAAAAGUAGCAUGUGAAACAGUCACAAAGACGGGCAUGGUACUGCUGUGUGGUGAAAUAACAUCAAAGGCUUUUGUUGACUAUCAAAAGGUUGUGAGAGAAACUGUUAAACAUAUCGGCUAUGAUGAUUCUUCCAAAGGUUUUGAUUGGAGAACACUAAAUUUGUUAGUGGCAAUUGAAGAACAAAGUCCCAACAUUGCCGAAGGGGUAUAUCAGGACAGAGAUGAAUCUGAAUUUGGGGCUGGAGAUCAGGUAUACUUCUCGGCUCUGCACGAAUUGGGAUAUCAUGGGUUUGAUUACAAGACAUGCAGUGUGAUGCUGGCACUGGACCAGCAGUCACCAAACAUUGCUGCAGGGGUGCAUGAGAACAGAAACGAUGAAGAAGUUGGGGCGGGUGAUCAGGGAUUAAUGUUUGGAUAUGCUACUGAUGAAACUGAAGAAUGUAUGCCCUUAACUGUGGUGCUGGCUCACAGACUUAACCAGAAAAUUGCUGAGCUCCGGCGAAAUGGAGAGUUUUGGUGGGCACGACCUGACUCCAAGACACAAGUUACAUGCGAGUACAUAUUUGCUGGUGGUGCAACUGUUCCCCAAAGAGUUCAUACUGUUGUUGUUUCUCUGCAACAUUCGGAGAAGAUAAGCCUGGAAACUCUACGUGAAGAAAUAAAAGAUAAGGUGAUCAAUGAGGUGAUUCCAUCUCAGUACCUGGAUGAAAGAACUGUUAUACACAUCAAUCCGUGUGGCCUGUUCAUCAUUGGUGGACCUCAGUCGGAUGCUGGUCUUACCGGUCGCAAGAUAAUAGUGGACACAUAUGGCGGUUGGGGUGCCCAUGGCGGAGGUGCUUUCUCCGGCAAAGACUUUACUAAAGUGGACAGAUCUGCUGCUUACGCUGCCCGCUGGGUCGCCAAAUCUCUAGUUAAGGCCGGCCUUUGCAGGCGAUGCAUGGUUCAGGUCGCAUAUGCCAUCGGCGUAGCGAAGCCGCUGUCGAUCACAGUGUUCGACUAUGGCACCUCGCACAAGACACAGCAAGAGCUGCUCUCCAUCAUUCUUAAGAACUUUGACCUGAGACCAGGCAAGAUUGUCAAGGACCUGAACCUCAAGGCGCCGAUAUAUCAAAGAACCUCGACGUACGGCCACUUCGGGCGGGAGGGCUUCCCCUGGGAGACGCCGAAGCCCCUCAUCGUAGAUUGA